GUCAAAAUGCAUUGGCAUGCAUUGCCACCGCGACGUGUGACCGCAGUUCGAAAUUUCGUCGUCAACACCGGAUUCAGUCGGUCGGCUAAAGGUUCAAUGAAAACUCCUCCGACACACAAACCGACACACACACACACACACACACACACAGUCCGACGUUCGCUCCGAUCUACAACACAAUAAUAAUAAUAUCGUCGUAACGUUUUGACGUCCGAAUUUCAAGUCGCGAGUAUCCGUUUUUGAUACGACCCACUACGUCGCGGGAAACGGCAGGCGAUCGCCAUCGAUCCGACGACUCUCCUCCGCGAGCACGUGCCGCGCCGCAGUAUCUGUGUCUGAUAACCGUAACGCGAUAGGUGUUGUCACAAUAAUACGAUAUUGCUGCAACAAUCAUAUACGAGUUUACAGUAGUUGUACCUUACGAUAUUAUUCACCGACUACCGUAUAAUAAUAUUAUAAUAGCAUUACGACAAUAAUCCGCUCGACGUGAUUUUCGUUCGAAUUUUUCUCGGCGUUUUAUCCGCGUACCGCGCGAAUAAUACAGUAUAAAAUACGACAUCACAUCAUUGCCGGCGGAGGAUAUUGACGACGACUACGACUAAGACCGACCGGUGCCGCCGCGUACAGUAAUAACAACGUACGACGACGGAGUCCGUUCGCGUAACAGGCAGGUCCAUCCGUCGUCGCCGACGGCGGUCGUGUGCGUACACCUCACGCCGACCGGAAGUCCGGACCAUCGGGUUAUCCGACUCGAGGAAAACGCGUAAACAACACGGUAUCGUGGUGUACAACAGCCGCUGCUGCACCGUAUAAUACGCGGUACGCGGUGCGGAAAAAAGAAAACAAACGACCGCGCCGACCGCGGUCCGUCUAAAAAUCGGAUUCGCGCUGUUCAACGUUUGCGCGCGCAAAUGAAAUGCAACAAAUUAUAUUUGGAAACGCUAGGUACGGUCUUUGCGGCUUUGGUCUUCUCAUCAUUUCGUACGCUUUGUUUUUCUUCGACCCGGUGGAAAUCAUCAAAUCAGCGAAACUGAAAUUUGUCGAAGGAUCGUAUGCGUUUCAGCUGUGGCAAAAACCCCCAGUUAAAGUUUACGUCAACGUGUAUAUAUUUAACGUGACUAACGCUGAUAGAUUUUUGGCAGGUGAAGAUGAAAAAUUGGAUGUCAAAGAAAUAGGCCCGUAUGUUUAUUGGGAGGAGUUGGAAAACACGAACACUACGUUUCACAGCAAUGACACUGUAACGUAUAUACCAAGGAGAAAACUACACUUCGAACUUAAAUCGUCAGUCGGAGAUCCCGAAAAGGAUCGCAUCGUCGUUCCUAACAUCCCUUUAUUGGGAUUCAGUUCGAUGCUCCGGAGUUCACCGAUGUUCGUAAACGUAGUGUUCAAUUCGUUGGUCGAAUACCAGGACUCACAGCCGAUACUCAAUCUGUCUGUACACGAAUUCCUUUGGGGAUACGACGACAGGUUAGUGAAGAUGGCCAGCACUGUGCUACCCACAUGGAUCAAUUUUUCAAAAUUUGGGCUACUCGAUCGGAUGUUGGAUGAAGGAACCAAUGUCAUCACAAUGGCUGUGCCAUCGGAACGGCAAACAAAACGUCCCUAUACAAUAGAUAACUUCAAUGGAUCACCGAUUUUACACCAAUGGGCCAAUGCCGAUGCACCUAAUGAGAUGAAUAAGUGUUCAUUGAAUGCAUCAUCGGAAGGAUUACUAUUUCCAAGGCACUUGACCAAAGACAUGAAUUUUCCAAUUUACCGAAAAGCCUUCUGCAGAACAUUGCCGCUGACUUAUAAUUCUACCAGCGAUAUGCCCGUUGGGUAUCCCACUGUUUAUUUAUACAAAUUUUUGCCCGAUGUUUUUAAUUCUUCUCUGGAUGAUAAUAAAUGUUAUUGUCCGAAAGAUGGGUGCUUGCCACCCGGACUGUCCGACAUAUCGCCGUGCUACUACAAUAUACCGGUGGCAGUGUCGUUUCCACAUUUUUACGGCGGCGACCCAGCGUUGGUGGACAAUGUCAAUGGAAUUGCUCCCAACAUGGAAAAACAUCAAUCCGUAGUUGCCGUACAACCGGAUCUUGGUAUACCGCUGGCCGUGGACAUUAAAAUCCAGUUGAACCUAAUCAUAAAGGCCACGAGGUAUGUGAAACGUGCCAAGAAGUUCAACGGAUUGACGUUGCCGAUAUGUUGGUUGCAUUUGGAAGUGAAGAGCCUGCCGAGCUCGCUGAACGCGCUGCUCUACCUGUGCUUCAACGUCGGACCGGUACUCGUGAAGGCUGUAGUCGCACUGACGGCCUCCGUGGGAUUUUUCCUGGUCGGCUUGGCCGUCAAACGGUUCGGCCGAGGUCAGCAGAAGCAGCAGCAGCAUCCCGUCAACGGGUCCGCUGCCGGAGAUCACGAGAACGGACGGGGCAGAGGAUGCUGCGAAGACGACGACGACGACGACGACUACGAAGACCGCGGCGGCGGCGCAGAGUCCGGCGGGCUGAUCGUCAAGUGCGGCGGGCCCGCGUCCGGACGGUACCGCGACAAAUCGUACUUGCCGUUGAACCACGUCACCGUUCCCGGGUCGUCGUCGGUGGUCGUCGACUACGAUCACUCGCAGGACUACGCGAGAGGCCGAUGACGAUGAGGCGUUAUCGAUUAUUAUUAUAUUUUUAUUAUUAAUAACAGUGUGUAUAUACUGUGUAUUCAUACACUGCUACCUAAAUUUACGUACAUCGUUAUAAUGAUAUUAUGCGCGUACCGUUGCCACACGCGCCCCUCGCUUAUACACUCGAGUCAUCCCUCGAUUUAUACCUUACAUAUUAUAUUUAUUCGUAAUUAUUAUUAUUAUUAUUAUCAUUAUUAUUAUUAUUGUUAUACCAUAUUGUAUUAUUGUGUACACAUACCUACACGCAUUCCGGGAGCCAGACGACAGUCGGGUUACCUAUAUAGCCGACCACUAAAACCUUUAUAUUAUAAUAUAAUAUCAAAUAGGUACAUAUCGUGUGUACAGAUCGAUCUGGCUGACGGACACGGUAAAUCCAGUGCAGUCACGGUACCUAUGUCAUCUGCACUGUCCAUAUGCCCCCGUAUAAUCUUCAGUUCGAUUUGGUACAGAAAACUAUAUAAUAUGAAUCCGAAAUAGUGGUACACGUCGAUAUAUUAUUACUGUGUACGAGUUGCCAUAAUAUAAAUUGUGUCGUGAAUUCACGUUUGAAAAUCAAAAUGGGGAGGGUUUAUUAUUGAAGUCCUCCCUCUUAGAGCCUUCCCGGCGCCGCUUCGGGCGCAUACAGCGCGUGUCCGUCUUAACGCGGUGGCCGAUGUGGUUAAAAUCGUAUUACCUAAAUAAAAUACGCGUAACCGCGUAAGUAUUAAGGUUUCGGGCAUUUUUUUUUGUUUUUAAAUGCUCCGUUAUCUUGUUUUCUUUUCCACGUCAUAUGUCAUAUCAUCAUGAAUUUUAUACAUCGUAUUUCAUCGUUUCCAUCGUUUCCGCCCUGAACUCGUGCGAUUUCAGUAAUUUUGUUAGUAUUUUUUUUUUUCACUUUUCUCCCAACAAAGUUCGUUUUUAUUACUCCCUUGUAUAAAGUGUUUUGCGUAUCCAUACUAGUAUAUGUUUCGACUAAUUCAAACGCUACGCUCCACGACAUAAUAUUAUAUAUUUACGAUUAUGUCGCUUAUUCGUACAUACCAUCAUUCCCUAUACGACUGCAGGAGCAGAUAGCAAUUAUUUACACACAAUUUAUACACACGUAAAUAUAUAAUACGCGGUUUAAUGAGACGUCGGGUGCCAAAACCGUAACUACAAUAUCGGAGAAUUUCAUCACGUUACCGCGCUGGUUUAAUCCCCGACCUGACCUUUCGCGCGCUGUCCGACCUAUCGACAUAUUAUAAUGUUGAUUUUAUAACGUUUAUCAGCGAAAUUAAUUUUCUCAGUUUAUUAUAUUAUUGAGUUUGUUUAUACUCGGGGUAAACUGUCGUACAUAAAACGACCCUCCCCCUUCGGGUCGGGCGAUCUAGGGAAAAACCCAGGAAAUCGUUAUGUGUCGGUAAAAAAAUUCGGUAGAGCAAUAUUGAAUCAUAAUAUAUAUAUUGGUAGGUGAGUACUGCUAUUGAUACACAUAGAUUUCGAUAUUAGAUUCUAUGACCGUAUAUAUAUGUUUUUCGAUGAGAUUAAGAUUAAAGUGGGCGUGGAAACGACCUGAACCCCGCGUUGACACUGCAGUGACGUCGUCCCUAUAAUAUAGAUGUAUAUAAUAAUAUAUAUACACACAAAAUACACGCUUUCGUUUUUUUUUUUUUUUUUAUUUAUUUUUGGACUUUGACGAUCGAAUCCGCCUGCAAACGCUGAAAUAAUUCAUUUCCGUUCCCGGGUAUAAGGUAUACAUAAUACAUAUAUAGGUACUAUAAAUUCAAUGGAAUCACCUCCUCAAACGCAUACUAUACGGACGAUCGAAGUUACACAUGCCGAAAAAAAAAACUAUUGAUACAUAUUAUAUAAACGUAUAAUAUACCAAAUGCCCGUAUAAACUUAUACUUUGUUGAAGAAUGUUUUCACGUAAGGAAUUUAUCGAAAAGUUCUGGAACAUCACUUCCGCGCGUAAUACUACCUCUGCAUACACUAUAAAUGGUUAAGAAAAAUUACGUUUCACUCGUUUACCUUGUAUAAUAUAUGAUUUAAAUAUUUUAUAAAUAUAUUUAACACAAUUCGUAUGAUCGUAAUAAUUGUAAAGCACUCGUGCUCGUUACUUACCACGAAUUGAAAUAUAUUUUUGUGGCAACUGCAUUAUUAAAAAUUAAUGUGCGUGUGUUUUUUUAAGUAGUAUGAAAUAUUUGUGAUAAAUAUAUAUAUAUAUGUAUAGUUGUUUUGUAUAUAAAAAAAUAUAUUUUAUUUGUAUAUAUAUAUAUUAUGUAUACAUAUACAUAUAUUAUAUAUACUGUAUGAUGUAUGAUUAUAUUCAUUAAAAAUUAAAACAAAUAAUUGUGUUGAUUAUAAAAUAAUUAGAGUUAACAAAUUAUUUUAAAAAAAAAUCAGUUAAUACCGACGUAAUAUUGUAUACCUACUUAA